UAUGCCGCAUGAAUUUAUGAUCAUGACAAUGGCAAAUGUGACGGAAAUCUGGCAACCUCCGCCGUUCCCUUAUGACGGUAACCUGAGCACCUACAAUAUGAGUGACCCUUACUACUACUAUCCACCAAACUACUCUCCUCCCCUCCGUCCUCGCCUCCCUCUGAAAUUUAUCCACGCCAUCAUGACGUUUCAGGAUUACGGCCUUCCUAUCCUUUUCACAACCGGAGUCGUUUUCAAUGUAAUCGCCAUCACCGUCGCCAUGAGAACGGAGCUGAAAAAAGUGGCAACCUUUCUGUAUAUUGUAGCACUCUGCAUCAUUGACACAGUCUAUCUCACAACCAAAAUGGUCCACUGGGGAUCAGCCAGAGUCUACAAUAUCAACAACGUGGCGGGAAUAUGUCAAAUCGUCUAUUAUUGUCACUUCCUGACAACAUUCCUCGAAUGGUGGAUGAUCGUCUGUUUACUCAUGGAACGUGUGACCAUGCUCUAUAAUCCUGCAUUUGCAAGGAGAGUAUGCAACCCGUUCAGGACGAAAUGUGCUCUUAUAACAAUCUGUAUAUUUGCAAUUGUGGCACAUCUCUACCACACGUGGACUAGUGCGGUAUUGUUGGUGCAUGGUGGACCAAUGUGUACAAUCAUACCAGAAAACGCAAGAGACGUCAUGUUACUCCGGAAGAUAGACUCCGUGUUUUCUAUGAUAUUGCCGUCGUGCACUAUCAUUUUACUUAUACUUCUUGCUGUAGUUAAAAUAACAUGUUGCAAAUCAAACAAACAACGAAGCAUUCGAAGUCUAAACAGCUCAGUUUCCAUUCGCUCACGCAGGUCCAGUCAUGUGCAGAUCCAAUCAGAAAAGUCGUAUCUCCUCAGUUUCGACCCAAAGAAAUUCACCGAGACCCGGAGACUUUCUUUCUAUGCUUUAUCCAUCUCUUUCUUAUUUAUGAUUCUCUGCCUCCCGCACGAUUUUAUAAAAACACGUCUUACGCUAGUGGAGGGUUCUUCAUUGUCAACAAUUUACCAGCAACUGAUUUUCCAAUUGCUCAGUGAAAUAUAUACAGUGAAUUUCGCCUACAAAGGUCUUUUUUGCUUCAUCGCCAUACCAGAGUUCAGGAGGGCUUUGGUAGCGUUAAUAAAACGGAUAUUGUGCUGUUGUCUUGAUAAGAAUGACUUCUCUGAUGAGUGUAAACAUACUGUCGUAUAAACAAUGGCUUAUGAUGUGAGACAGUAAAUGAUAAGCGCGCCACUAAGGCGGCAGCACAAGCUGGCCUGUCGUUGAUAAAUGGUUUGCCAAGUUUGGCUAUAUCGACAUGUACUAUGAAAGAAUGUGAAAAAGCAGUUUGGGCCUCAAAUAGUAAAAUGUUUAUGAUGAGAUCAGUGAAAUGACACUUGUUUGACCAGAAGAAGGAAGGAUUCGGAUGGACAUCUGAAUGAAACGGUUAAAUAACUAAAGCUGCAAGAGAAUACACAAUACAAAUACCUAAUCAAAUCAAACAAUGUGCUUGGUACUGAGACUUUGUUUACUUUAUAUAGCUACUUCUGGCUGUUUAAUUCAGUAAAAAUUCCAU